UCAUAUUCGAGGCUGUAAACACAAACUCGUCACAUGACAGAGGAAUAUUGCUCAGCGACUUCAGGAACAGUUCGACGCUCAAAUUAGAAUUGUUUCCGGUUAAAUUGGGGUCAAACAAAGGGGAUUGCACAUUACAAGACAUCACAAUGCUUAUACGAAGGGUGUUACAAUGUGGAGUGACAGCUUUAAAGUCACGCAGGACCAUUCACCACAGUGCUCAAUGGAGGAGUCCUCUCGUACCUAUCGUUGUGGAGCAGACGGGUCGAGGAGAGCGUGCGUAUGACAUCUACUCUCGUCUUCUGAGGGAGAGGAUCAUCUGUGUAAUGGGGCCGAUUGAUGACUCUGUGGCCAGUCUGGUUAUUGCUCAACUACUCUUUCUGCAGUCAGAGAGCAACAACAAACCCAUCCACAUGUACAUCAACAGUCCUGGCGGUGUUGUGACGGCAGGCCUAGCCAUCUACGACACCAUGCAGUACAUCCUCAACCCAAUCUCCACGUGGUGUGUGGGCCAGGCGGCCAGCAUGGGCAGUCUUCUCCUGGCUUCGGGCACGGCCGGCAUGAGGCACUCCCUGCCCAACGCCCGCAUCAUGGUGCACCAGCCCUCCGGAGGAGCCAGGGGUCAGGCUACAGACAUCGCCAUUCAGGCUGAGGAGAUCAUGAAGCUAAAGAAACAGAUCAAUCAACUCUACGCUAAACACACUGGCCAGCUGUUGACACAUAUAGAGAGUGUGAUGGAGAGAGAUCGUUACAUGAGCCCCAUUGAGGCACAGGACUUUGGGAUCAUCGACCGAGUGUUGGUGCAUCCUCCCCAGGCGGGCCAGGAUGACCCAGAGCUAGUCCAGAAGGAGUCCCCUACCGCCAUCUGCCCCUCGCCAGCCUCCGCCACCGAGCAGAGCCCCCCCGUGACCAACCCCCCCUCCUCAUACAAACCCGAACCCUGACCUCAGACUACUAGGAAGCAGUCCCACACCAAUCACAAGCCAUCCUCUAACCACCUAAAGGCACUUCUGUAGAUCGGAAUGGAUUGGACAGGUGCAAGCAUAUGCUGAUGUACCCUAAAUCCAAAUGUAUUGGAGUGGAUACUAAUAUGUGAGAAGUUACAGCGUAGCCUACCAGAGGGCAAAGUGGAGGUAUUACUAUAUUGCUUAUAACUGUCCAAUCCUUUAAUUUACAGAAGUGCUCUGGGUGGAUAGGGGCUGGUUUGGAACAAAGGACCUGCAUUGUAUACCUUUGUGCUGGAUAAACCUCUGGGAGAGGAGGCAAAAUGCAGCAGUAUUAGAAUAUUUACAUUUAAGAAUGAUCAUUUUUGACCAAUCUCAGAUUUGUAUUGUCCCGCAUAAUAUGCACACUGUAUUUACUACAAACAAAGACUGCAGAUCUCUACAGUGAAGGAAACAAUAUAGCCCCCAUUUGUACAAGCCAUGACACAAUUGUGAUGUUGAUUUUCAUGAACUGGAAUAAAAUACAUUUUCUUUGAGUCACACACCCAACCUGGGCCUGUACUCAUAAAGCAUCUAAGAGUAGGAGUGUUGAUCUAGGAUCAGUUCCUCCUGUCCAUGCAAUCUUAUUCAUUGUGACAGACAAGGCAAAACGGAUUCUAGAUCAGCACUCCUA